GGCUGCUUCCCUUUGAGCUCAUCAAAAUGGCCUCUGAUCUCCGUCGCCCGCCUAGAAACCCAACUCUGUCGCCGCGUCACCUUGCACUGCGCCAUGUAAAGAAACAAUUGCGAGCGCUAGACGCCACAGUUAAAGAUGAACCACCACCGAUUCCCCAUGGCAAAGAGCAGUUGUAUUCGUUCUAUGUUCCCGGUCUCCAGGCAGGAGUACACACAAUUACCGUUGAGCAGGAAAUAAAGACUAGACAGGGAACUCAGGACCAAGAGACACAAACACUCCCCGGAGAGCAUGAUUUCAAUGUCAUUGCACCCCGUUUCUCUCUACCUGAGGGGGCUCUGAACUCCUUUUACCCCCCACAAGGCCAUGCAGAUCGGGGUGAAGUCCUCCCCAGCGUUGUCUUUAACGACCCGACUUUACCUUGGGAAAGGGAAGCAAGUCAGAAGAAGGCUGGACAAGGUGUCACGGAUUAUGCUCGAAACCGUGUGCCCUGGCUGGCUGUGUUUUUAUUCACCCAGGAGGAGCUUCGAUUGAGCAAUGAAGAACUCGACACGGUUUUUAGCGACCCUGGUCUCAAAAAGCAAAACUUGGCUAAACAGAGUGCGACUCUCAGCACCACUAUGCUUGCCCGGGAUACCCCGAGAUUGAACCAGAAUAUCACCAACAAUUCCCCCAUCAUAUAUGACCAAAGCGAUGGAGAUGCAAAGACAGAUGUGAUUUUCCUGAGAAAAGAGCUCUUCACGUCCCUCUUCGCUGAGUAUGGUUCGGACGGAAAGAAAAAGGACAAUCCGAAAUGCUACGUCCGGCACCAUCGUUUCCUCGCUCAUCUUCGUCAUAUCAAUCUCGAUGGAACGCCCACGGCAGGGAAAACGGACAAUGAUGACCAUGUUUAUUCUGUUGUUAUGAGCCAUCGUAUUGGUACCCUUGAAAUCACUAAACCCACCCCCGUCGUGGCUCAUCUGGUCAAUAUCGAGGGAGUUGAGCGUAUGGACUCCUCAUUUGACCAGACGUUCGUGGCAAUGUCCUCCUUAUAUUCAUGGGAGUAUACCUGUCUUCCACCAGAUUCCCUCAAUAUUGAGGAUGCCUUUGCGCAUCUAGGCAGCUCUCUCAAUGUGCUCAAGCCUAUUCCCAUAAAUAAGGAAACGAAGGGCACCAAAGCCACCACAGACGACAAUCCUAAGAUCAUCAUUGAUCGAAUGAAUCUCAGGGUCAAUGACGGUUUCUCACUGCUCAGAUAUCGUAUUCAAACAGGAGAAGUCACUGCAGCCUUUUCCAAAAGUCCUUUCACACCCAAGGCAGUGAAAUUCAACGACCCUUUGUGGCCCCCAAGCGCAACCACUGGCACAAAGCUACAAAUACUUGAUCCAAAUUUAAAUCUCAUGGAUAUAACCUACUCAGCUGCCUGGAAUUUAGGAAAGACGCUAGGAUUAGCUCAUCCCGAGUUUGCUACGGCGCUUGCCCGGGUUCGAAAGCAAAUCUUCGAUAUGGGAAUGAACGAUGCACAAAUGAAGAGAAUACAACAGCGCAGUAAAGAAUUGGGAAUUCCCACGAUGUUCAAAACUCGCGAACAGGUUCUUGCAACCCUGAAAGAUACAGUCACGAAGCUGAAAGAUCUCCCGUUUGAUGCGACACUUAAGAGCAAGCCUGAUGGUAUGGUCCGACGAUGGCAUCGCCCGAGCAUGCCUCCUUUAGAUCUCUCAUACCACGGACCAGAUAUCAGUGCAAUUAUCAGACCGUGUUUUCGAGAGGCCGCCAAGAAAAUCUCGAGUAGCAUCGAAGACUCUAAAGUUUCUGAAGUUCCCUACAACGAAUUUAACAUGCCGUAUUCGACUGACUGGGCGGUUGUACUACGUUGGAUCAUGGACCGGUACUUUCUCGUCGAUGUGCCUCCUCACUAUUUGAUCACAGAUCCAAGCCAUCUCCCUAUGGAGACGAUGCGUGUAUUUGCCAUUGACCAUGCCUGGGUGUCUGCUAUGAUCGACGGAGGUCUCAGCUUAGCAAAUCAUCUAGACCAAGACGAUGAUCGUGUGCGCAAUGCCAUCAAAUGGGCGUUUAAUAGAUUUCUUGACUAUGAAUACCCCGAUGUCAAGUAUAAGCCUCUCACACCUCGUUAUGGGUUUUACGUUCGAUCUACCCUUGUUACAAAAUUCCCUGAUCUUAUCGUGGGCAUUGAAACGAAAACAGGAGACGGGAAAACCACAGUUCCACUCGAUGAGGCGGAGCCCCCUGUUCUUUUGCGGCAUGACAUUGUCGACAAGAGCGUCAUGUUAGGUUUGAUGCGAGAGCCGCCCAAAGAUGACGGGUCGAUAUCGUUGUUUCUACGACAGCCCCCUCACCAACAGUACUUCUCUGCCGCUGCCGAUAUUACUACCAAAAUGAUCAAGAUGGAGUACAAACGCGUGUAUACCAAACAGGAUGUCAAUGAUCCGGACCAGCACACACCGAUAGAAUAUACCUACCUCCGGGAUUCGAAAUCAGAGGGGCCUUCGCCGGCAGUUUUUAUCUGGGGAACAGCAGACAAUGUCCGUGUUUUGAACAUUGAAGCUGUGGCUCAACAACACGUCGACGAAUUGAAUGACACGUAUGCAAAGGUCAAACACCCAGAGUGGUACGAUGACCCGACUCCCAAUUCAGCCUUGAUGGGGAUUCAGUUGAGUGAACCUCAAUGGCAAAUCGAAAUUACUCUUCCAACCAAAGAUACCUUCCCAAACUUGUUCAAAGAUGUUUCGAGAGAUCUGCCUGUGCCUCCUGAUCCCGACUGUGCUCCGUCGACUGUAGCCAAGGUAACUAGCAAGGUCGAAUGCAGUCCUCAUCCCGCUUUUGGCAAUCGAAAAAGACCAGCCCCAAUUGUUCCAACAUAUCAUCCUCCACACGUCCGUCUUCCUCGCUUCAUUUCCAAUGCCCAUACAGCCACCGAAAGUCGAGCCAUGGUAGGACCGCCCAAAUUCAAACACGGGCUUUACCCAGUGGGUCAAGUGGGGGAAACAAUUCCCAUGCUUCCUUUAGAUAAGCAAGGACGUCCACAACGUCAAGACCUCAUCUUUUCCAUUGUCUAUGAAAGCGGCAUUAAAGUGCUUCUAAUGACAAAGUUUGUGAUCGAAAUCAAAAUGGGGACUUAUGGUCAACUUAUUAAGGAUUACACCGGCACCGGACCAUCAAUGCUUUCUAAUCUUCGAUUCAACGUGAUGCAACAGUUCGAUCCUAUAAACGACAAAUUGGUGUUGACAUUGGUACCUCGAAGUACCAAGCAUUAUGUACCUAUCGGUAGCAUUGCGGAAAUGAGUGUUUUACUCAGCGGGGUUGUAGUAAACAGAUAUGAACAGGAAACGGAAGUGACGGUUGAUGCGUGGGAGUAUUACACCGAUCGAGGGCCUUGGAAACGUCCUUUUAAGACGACGUUGGUUAAGCCGACUAGUACUUAGGGCUAAAGAGCUGAGUAGGUAGUCAUCAUGAGAAACUGAAUUGGUUUCCACCAGUG